UGAAAGUGUUGUUAAUAUCUAUAUUUUAAUAACACAGUACCAAGGCAGAAGAACAGUCAACAUGGGCUUACAAAUCUUUGCUUUUGUGAUUUUCUGUGUUGGUUUAAGUUUGGGAGAAAAUACUCACUUCUGUGAAAAUUCACAGAGCCUUAGUGAGGUUAGAAUUCCAGCUUAUACGUUGACACAGGAGGAUUUUGAUAAUAAUGUCGUAGGUGCAACUCUAAAACAAGCCUAUAUUUUGCUUCCCGACCCAGCACCAUUUACAGUUAGUUCAAAUUACAACUGUAUGAUAACAAAGAUCGAUGCUACAACCUACCAACGAGUUUGCACUGGACUCGAACCUGCAUGCACUGAAUAUAUCUUAACUCUCACCAUGGAAACACAGGGAAACAUGAUCUCUUUCCCGUACACAGAUCCAAAUAAUAAUGUUGUUAAUGAGUACUACUGGUCCCCUUGUCCAAGUAAAUUCAUUCUGAGGAUGCAAUGUUCAAGUGACAGUAUUCAAGUGAACCAGAAAUGUGCACUAUCGGGCGCCCGAAUAACCGUGUUUCUGGUGGGAGAUGUCAAUCUAAAUAAUGCUCCAUGGACUGAUAUUUCCCACAAAAUCUUCACUGCAACCGGGGUCAAGUUUGGCGAGAUAGAUGGCAUGAAUUGGUUUUUUACAGAAAAUACCGGAACUCCGUGUGUCCCUUGAAGUUGACGGAAAUUGGUGAAAACGGAACGUGAUUAACAUCAAACAAUAUUGAAUGAAUUGAUCUAUGAACAUCAAUAAAUAAAAGCAGCAUUUAAAAUGGCUUCUUUCUAGCUUUUUUU